GUGUUUUGGUAUGCACAUUUCCUUAAAACAAAUUAAGCAAACGAUGAGAAUAGUCGUUGCCUUUGUUUUCAUUACCAUAGCCACCAUUGGUAUUAGCUUCUGCGAAGGAAGCUCUUCUGUUGGUUGUCUCCAAAGCGAAAGACUAGCACUUUUAAGGUUCAAGCAAGAUCUGGUUGAUCCUGCAAAUCGGCUUGUCUCUUGGAAUUCUGGUCAAGAAGAUUGUUGUACAUGGUCUGGUAUUGUCUGUGACAACUUGACGGGCCAUGUGCUUGAGCUCAACCUUAGAACUCUUCCAGAGAAAGAAUUUGUAUCUCCAGUUGAAGAGGAAGCUCGUGAGAGGUCAAAGUUUUACGGUAAGAUAAAUCUCUCUUUGCUUGAUUUGAAGUUUUUGCGUUCCUUGGACUUGAGCAAUAACAAUUUUGAAGAAUUUGAGAUUCCUGGAUUUCUUGGAUCUAUGCAGAAUUUAAGAUACCUCAAUCUCUCUGUAAAUUCAUUCCAGGGUAUGAUUCCUCCCCAACUUGGGAAUCUCUCUAAUUUACAGUAUCUUGGCCUCGGUGGCUUAUUAGAAGUGAAGAGUUUGUGGUGGUUAUCUCGUCUUUCUUUGUUGAAACACCUUGACUUGGAUGGUGUGGAUCUUAGCAAUUCCUCUGAAUCGCUGCAAGUGAUACACACUCUCCCUUCUUUGGUCAAGCUAAAGUUGUCAUCCUGUAAACUUCACCACAUUCCUCCCCAACCUAUUGCAAACUUUUCAUCUCUUGCCUCCCUUGAUCUAAGCCAAAAUCACUUUGAAGGUCAAAUCCCUGAUGAACUUCAAAACUUGACUUCCAUUAGAUAUCUUGAUUUAUCUGAAAAUUAUUUCAAUUCUUCGAUGCCCAGUUGGUUGUACAGACUCAGAAAUCUUGAGGAACUUUUCCUUUCAAACAAUAGCUUGCAAGGCUUGAUGGAUGGACUUGGAAAUCUGUCUUCGAUCAAAGUACUUGAUCUCUCGCUAAACAAUUUUGAAGGAGGAAUGCCAGUAUCAUUUGGAAGACUUUGCAACUUGAGAUCACUCUCUCUCGAACGCAUCAUAUUGAAUCAAGAAAUAUCUCAAGUCUUGAAUAUUUUCUCUAAAUGUGUUGCAGAAGUUUUGGAGUCUUUGAACUUGGGGCACACUCAACUUUUUGGUCCAUUGACCAAGCAACUUGGAAGGUUUAAAAAUUUAAAAUUUCUUUAUCUAUAUGAAAACUCAAUUUCAGGUCCUGUUCCAAGGUCUUUAGGAGAACUUUCUUCCUUAGAAGUUCUAUAUCUUUCGUAUAACCAAUUCAAUGAAACUCUUUCUGAAAUCCACUUCAACAACCUCACAAGACUGAUAGGAAUAGAAGCAACUGGAAGUUCACUAAUGUUAACAUUCCUUCCUCAUUGGGUUCCUCCAUUUAAACUUCUAUUUUUAGGAUUAGCUUCUUGUCAUUUAGGGCCUCAUUUUCCAUCUUGGCUUCGUUCACAAAAGAGUUUGUUUUACCUUGAUAUUUCUAACUCAAGUAUUUUUGACACUAUUCCACAAUAUUUGUUUAAAUUUCCAUUAACAUUUUUAAAUCUCUCACACAACAAAUUCUAUGGGGAGAUUCCAAAUUUAAUCCAGUCAACUCAACUUGAUUUAAUUGACUUGAAUUCAAAUAAUUUGUCAGGUCUUUUACCUCACAUACCCAUAAAUAUUUAUGUCCUCGAUCUUUCCAACAAUGCCUUUUCAGGGUCAAUUUUCCAUCAACUGUGUAAUGAGAUGAAUGAAUCAAAAAGUUUGAUGCAAGUACUCAUCCUCAGUAAAAACUAUUUUUCUGGGGAAUUAUCUGAUUGUUGGAUGAAUUGGCAACAGUUAAAGGUAUUAAAUUUAGAGAACAAUAGAUUUACUGGAAACCUUCCACCUUCUAUAAAGACUUUAACUUCUCUUUAGUCAUUAAACCUUCGCAAAAAUAACCUUUUUAGGGAAAUACCUUUCUCACUUCAGAAUUGUACAGAGAUAGUUAAAGUUGAUCUUGGUGAAAAUGAGUUUUUUGGAAAUGUCCCUAUAUGGAUGGGAGAAAGAUUUUCAAGAAUAAAGAUUCUCAUUCUUCGAUCAAAUAAGUUUCAGGGCCUUUUACCAAGGGAACUUUGCCAUCUCACUUCUAUACGAAUCUUAGAUUUGGCUGACAAUAAUUUAUAUGGAAACAUACCAAGGUGUAUAGGGAACUUCAAUGUCAUGAUGAGAGAAAGUGGAAUGGAUGCUGAUAUAGUGUACACGUCUGAUGCAGAUUUUUAUUCACCUUAUGUGGAGAACGCAUUACUUGUGAAUAAAGGUGAAAUGGCUGAAUAUAAUACAAUUUUGAAGUUCGUAAGAAGUAUAGAUCUUUCAAAAAAUGGCUUCUCUGGAGAGAUUCCUAUGGAAGUGACAAAUCUUUUAACAUUGCAGUCAUUGAAUCUGUCACACAAUUCUUUUACCGGCAGAAUUCCAGAGAACAUUGGUGCUAUGAGUUUUUUAGAAUCCAUUGAUUUUUCUGGAAAUCAACUUUCUGGUGAAAUCCCACAAAGCAUUUCAAAGCUGACAUUUUUGAGUGUCUUAAACUUAUCCAACAACAAACUUUCUGGAAAGAUUCCUUUAAGCACUCAACUACAAGGCUUUAAUGCAUCUUGUUUUACUGGCAAUGAACUUUGUGGUCCUCCCCUUCCUAAUGAUUGUACCACAAGUGUUCCAACUUCCAGCAAUCAAAACAGAGAAAAAGAUGGUAAUGAAGAUGAAGUAGACUGGUUUUAUGUUAGUAUGGCUCUUGGAGUUGUUGUGGGAUUCUGGAGUUUUCUAGGACCUCUUUUCUUCAACAGGAGAUGGAGGUGCACGUAUUUCCAAUUCCUGAAUCACCUCCACGACAAACUGGGUAGUGUUGUAAGGAAAUGUUACUAGAUCCUUACCUUUUUUUCUCCAAAUCUUUGAAUAAUGUUUGGAGCUUGUAUCUUAAUUAGAGCAGUAUUGUGAACAUUUGAGAUCAUGCAAUCAUGUUUACUUGUCUAAUUUAAAUUUUAAAAGGUGUGAAGCUUUUUUUUGGGUCUGA